AUGUCGCUUGCUUUCUCUGCAAUUAGGCUCGCCACUCGGCCUGCCCUGAGACUCCCACGUAUUGCUGCUUUGCAGUAUGCUACAAGAUUUUAUGCCUCAAAAUUCCCUGACCAUACCGUCAUUAACAUGCCUGCCCUUUCUCCAACCAUGACUGAGGGUAACUUGGUCAAGUGGAACAAGAAGGAAGGUGAUAAGUUGUCCACUAGUGACUGUAUUGCUGAGGUUGAGACGGAUAAAGCUCAAAUGGACUUUGAGUUCCAAGAAGAUGGUUGGUUAGCCAAGAUUCUUGUUCCUGAUAACUCUGAGGCUGUUCCCGUCGGAAAGCCAAUUGCUGUCUACGUUGAAGAGCAGGAAGAUGUUGCUGCUUUCAAGGACUAUACUGCUGCUGAUGCCGGUAACGGUGAUGCUGUUGCCCCAGCCGCUGCUGAGGAAGCUGCACCUGCUGCCGCUCCAGCCACCGCUGCCCCAGCUGCUUCCUCUGCUCCAGCUGCCUCUCCAGCUGCUACUGCCGCUCCAACUGAUCGUAUCCUCGCCUCACCAUACGCCAAAUUGCUUGCCUUAGAAAAAGGCCUCUCUUUGAAGGGUGUUAAAGGUACCGGUCCAAAUGGUAGAAUCACUGCUAAGGAUGUUGAUGCUUUGGCCGCUAAGCCAGCCGAGGCCGCUCCAAAUGGUGCAGCUGCUGCCGCUGCUUCUUUCGAAGACAUCCCAUUGACCAACAUGAGAAAGACUAUUUCCAAGAGACUCACUGCAUCCAAGCAGACUGCUCCUGACUACUUUGUCUCUUCCGACAUUUCUGUUGGAAAGCUUUUGAAAUUGAGAAAGUCUUUGAAUGCUUCUGCAGAUGGAAGAUACAAGCUUUCCAUCAAUGAUUUGGUGAUCAAGGCUGUUGCCAAGGCUUGCCAAAGAGUUCCUGAGGUUAACUCCUCAUACUUGGAAGAGGAAGGUGUUAUUAGACAAUACAACAAUGUCGACAUCUCCAUUGCUGUGGCAACUCCAACUGGUUUGAUCACUCCAAUCGUCAAGAACUGUGAAACCAAGGGAUUGGAACGGAUUUCAAUCCAGGUGAAGGAGUUGGCUCAGAAAGCCAAGGAUAACAAGUUGAUGCCUGAAGAAUUCCAGGGUGGCACUAUCACCAUCUCCAACUUGGGUAUGAAUCACGCCGUUAAUCAAUUUACCUCUAUCUUGAAUCCACCUCAAUCAGGUAUUUUGGCCAUCUCUACUGUCCAGAAGAGAGCUGUGCCUGAUAAGGCUUCUCCAUUCGGAUUCGUCUUUGACGAUAUCAUGAAUAUUUCAGGUACUUUCGAUCACAGAGUUGUUGAUGGUAAGAAGGGUGGUGACUACAUCAAGGCUUUGAAGACCAUCAUUGAGAACCCUCUAGAAAUGUUGCUAUGA